UACGGCAUUAACAUUAGCAUAUUUAGUCGAAUAACCUCUAAGCAAUAAACCAGUUGUUUAGAAAAUCGCAAGCUCUAAUAUGUCUUCUGCAAUGAAACAUUCAAACUUAUCUACUGCUGCCAACAAUAAUUCAAAUAUUUUAUUAACGUCCACUCAAUCCGCUGAAUUCAAUAAUCAUCAAACGCAUCCGCAAUGCGAUCAUAUAAAAAGACCAAUGAACGCGUUUAUGGUAUGGUCGCGAGGACAACGACGUAAAAUGGCGCAGGAAAAUCCGAAAAUGCAUAAUUCAGAGAUAUCGAAACGUUUAGGAGCUGAAUGGAAGCUACUAACCGAAGAACAAAAACGUCCAUUUAUCGACGAAGCAAAACGCUUAAGAGCUUUACAUAUGAAAGAGCAUCCUGAUUAUAAAUAUAGACCGCGACGAAAGCCAAAAACGUUAAACAAAUCACCUGUGCCUGCGAAUCAAAAUUGCAACCAGAGCCAUAAGUCUUCACAAUUGAACUCCGGGUGUGCACAAAUUCAUCAACAACGCAACCAGCAAAACGGUUUAUAUCCAGGAAAUUCUCAAGCUUCGCCUACUUUAAAUGCUCAAAAAUACAGUUUUAAUUCACCAGUAGAGCUAUCACUAAAUAUGUCAACAAGAGUGCCCAGUGCUUUUCCACCGACACUAUCCCAUUAUCCUUUGGAUCCGACAUUUGCCUUAGAUCUUCAAGCUCGUCUUCAAGCUAUGUAUACGGGCAGCUUAUAUCAUCCUUGGCGCUAUUUUGGCUGCACACCUCUAAUCAGUCCCGAAGCACCGCCUUCUCCACCAAGCAGUAACGGUACAGGUAUAUCAUCAUACGGUUGUAUAAAAUCAACAAAAACAUCGCCUAUCUUAACAAUGCCUGCCCAGGUACCGCCAAAUAUAAUUUGACCCACUCCUCUACGAUAUGGAAACGGAGAGCCUGCCGUUUAGUAAAUCAGAAUUCCUGAUCUAUAGUUAAUUGUCGGAAUGCCAGUAUAAAAUCAUUUUAUUUUUUUUUUUUUCUUUUGUUACACAUAACUAUAUAAUAGAUAUAAGUUCGGUUCCGA